AUUUAAAAAAAUAUGUUAUUUAUCUAACUUUUAUUUUUAAUAAAUGAUAAGAACUUUUAAAACAGAGAAUUGCUAAAUAUUACAUACAGAAGUGAAAAGUGUAGAAAUGAAAAGUGUAGAAAUUGAACGUAAAGCAAUAACCACCGGAAAGCUGCGUGAAAGGUGUUUGCGAUCACGGAACAAACGUAAGAGCAAACGAAAAAAGAAUAGCCGUAUUUCUAAACGGAUGUGGUCUAUACGAGACUCCACACCUAUUAGCCAAGGACACAAUUAUCCAAAGAGCAAUUAUUUGUCUCCAACGUUCACAUGGCCACGUCUAACCGACAGCGGUGCAUGUGCUGAGUUUCGUAUGGGGUAUGCUCAGAACAUAUGGAUCCGUACAUACAGACAUAUUCUGCAAUGGCACUGUAAACACCAGAGAAACUACUGGAGUCAAUAUGCUCAACAGCUAAAGGCAGAAAAUCAACACCUUAAACGCCAAAUUUUCUGCCCCACAUUCACAUACGGAUGUGGUAGCAAUGAUUAUCACGAAACGAAUUUAGAACACCACGGCAAGUGCGAUCCUUUUGGUGAUACUGACGAAGAAAAUGAAAAUGAGAUGCAUGCUGUAAAUAGGGACUAUAAUCAAAGGCAACUAAGCUUUGGAGCUGAGCGAUGCAUUGAGCCAGACUUCGAUGAAGAAUUUCUUGCAUUCAUGGAGGUGUCCGCUCGACAUCGGCUUGAGCAUCGGCGAUUAAAAAAUAUGAGUGCUUAAUGCCAGGAAUAUAUUCACUAUACUAUACAGUUAUGAUAACGUUCGCUAUCGCUUUUCUGACAUAGUUUUGUUUUUGCGCUAUCUUUACCCUCCAUUCUUUAAAUGGCCGUAUAACCAGUAAUUCAAAGCCAAUUUUGGUUCAGCA